GCGCGGCCGGCGAUGGCGGCGAGGUCGGGGGGUUUCCUGCUGCUGCUGCUGCUGGGGCUCGCGGCGCGCGGGCCCGCUGCCGCCGCUGCCGCCAAGAUGAAGGUGGUGGAGGAGCCCAACUCGUUCGGGCUCAACAACCCGUUCCUGCCCCAGACCAGUCGCCUCCAGCCCAAGAGGGAUCCUUCCCCGCUGUCUGGGCCCGCGCACCUCUUCAGGCUCUCCGGCAAGUGCUUCAGCCUGGUGGAGUCCACGUACAAGUACGAGCUGUGCCCCUUCCACAACGUGACGCAGCACGAGCAGACCUUCCGCUGGAACGCUUACAGCGGGAUCCUGGGCAUCUGGCACGAGUGGGAGAUCUCUAACAACACCUUCAGGGGCAUGUGGAUGAGGGACGGCGACUCCUGCCGCUCCCGGAGCCGGCAGAGCAAGGUGGAGCUUACCUGUGGGAAAAGCAACCGCCUGGCACACGUGUCUGAGCCCAGCACCUGCGUCUACGCGCUGACCUUCGAGACGCCUCUGGUCUGCCACCCGCACUCCCUGUUAGUGUACCCCGCCCUGCCGGCGGCCCUGCAGCACAGGUGGGACCAGGUGGAACAGGACCUGGCUGACGAGCUGAUCACGUCCCAGGGCUACGAGAAGUUGCUCAGGGCGCUCUUUGAGGAGGCCGGCUACUUGAAGACCCCGGAGGACAGUGACUCCAUGCGGGAAGGAGGUGCCAAGGCCCUGGCGUUCCAGACCCUGGAGAACUGCAGUGAGGCACACAGGGAGCUGUGGAAGGAGGUCAGGAGACUCCGGAGCGUGCUGACACAGCAUGGCAUCCCCUACGCGCAGGCGGCGGAAACGCCCCCCUCUGAGCACGGGGGCCCCAGGACACCCACAGACGGGACAGCGGAACAGCUCCGAGGCGACCCGGGACGGCGAGGGAACACCUUGUGACCUGAGACAGGCCUCGGGGGCAGAGCCAGGCUGGCGGGGAGGGGAGCACAUCACGGGGGGGGGGGGGGGGGGGGGGGAGGGGGCUUCCUCUGCCUUCGGGGCCGGCCGGCCAUCAGCAAUGGCUCAGAGAGGCAGACAGAAUAAAGAUUCAAAGUUUUAAUUAAUUUCCAUACCGAUAAAAAUAAUUCCAUGAAUUCUGUAAACCAUUGCAUAAAUGCUAUAGUGUAAAAAAAUUUAAACAAGUGUUAACUUGGAACGGUUCACUACAAGUAAAUGAUUAUGCUUUAUAAAUACUA